UUCAGUGGGGUCGGCCAGGGUCGCCGUGGCGGGCGCCGGGGCCACCUGCGGCUGAACUUCGUUUCCGGAGGUGCGUCGUUGUCUCUGCAGUGACUCAGGAGCAUCGCUGUUUUUCCGUGUGUGAGAGUAACCCAGAGCAUUGAGAAGUUGCCAAGAAGAGUGUGCUGGGAAUGCUCCAGAAACAGAUCCGGUGCUGAAGAAAGUGCGCAUCAUGGAUCAGAACAGCAGCCUGCCACCGUAUGCCCAGGGCUUGGCCUCCCCCCAGGGUGCCAUGACGCCUGGGAUCCCCAUUUUUAGUCCCAUGAUGCCUUAUGGCACGGGCCUGACGCCCCAGCCUAUUCAGAACACCAACAGCCUGUCUAUUUUGGAAGAACAGCAGAGACAGCAGCAGCAGCAGCAACAGCAACAACAACAGCAGCAGCAGCAGCAGCAGCAGCAGCAACAGGUGGUGGCCGCAGCAGCACAGCAGUCAGCACCCCAGCAGCCGGCACAGGGGGCCUCCGGACAGACCCCACAGCUGUUCCACUCACAGACUCUUACCACCGCACCCUUGCCGGGCACCACACCCCUGUAUCCCUCCCCGAUGACCCCCAUGACUCCCAUCACUCCUGCCACACCAGCCUCGGAGAGCUCUGGGAUUGUGCCGCAGCUGCAAAAUAUAGUCUCCACAGUAAAUCUUGGUUGUAAACUUGACCUGAAGACCAUUGCACUUCGUGCCCGAAAUGCUGAAUAUAACCCCAAGCGAUUUGCAGCCGUAAUCAUGAGGAUACGGGAGCCGCGGACCACAGCACUCAUCUUCAGCUCUGGGAAAAUGGUGUGCACAGGAGCCAAGAGUGAAGAACAGUCCAGACUAGCAGCAAGAAAGUAUGCCAGAGUUGUGCAGAAGUUGGGUUUCCCUGCGAAGUUCUUAGAUUUCAAGAUCCAGAACAUGGUGGGGAGCUGUGACGUGAAGUUCCCCAUAAGGCUGGAAGGCCUCGUGCUCACUCACCAGCAGUUCAGCAGUUAUGAGCCAGAGCUAUUUCCUGGAUUAAUCUACAGAAUGAUCAAACCCAGAAUUGUGCUCCUUAUCUUUGUUUCUGGGAAGGUUGUGUUAACAGGUGCUAAAGUCAGAGCAGAAAUUUAUGAAGCGUUUGAGAACAUCUACCCCAUUCUGAAGGGAUUCAGGAAGACUACGUAGUGGCUGCCACCACCAUACUUGCCCCACCCACUUGCUUUUCAGCGAAUCAGCUUGGUACUGUUCCUGGGCUCUUUCAGGUGCAGCCUGCUACACCAGGCCGAUCUUCUGUGGCCCUCUGCAGGAUGUGGGAGGGGCUGCUGCUGCUCUGGGACUCCCGCAGCACUGCUGAGAGUUGCACGCCUGUGCUGCUAUGUGGGUGACGCUGCCCAUUUAUUUAUAUUUAGAUUUCAAACACUGCUGUUGGCAAGUUGGUUGGUGUAAGGGGCAGAAGUGUUAAAGCCACCUGUACAAUUGGACUUCUUAUUUGUUUAAUUCCCCUGCCCCCAUAAACCACAGUUUUUAUAUUUCUACCAGAAAAGUAAAAAAUCUUUUUUAAAAGUGUUGUUUUUCUAAUUUGUAACUUUAGGGGUUAUUUUUUGUGCCAGACACAUUCCGCCUUUCCAGUAUUGCAGGACAGAACAGAUGUAUUAAUGAAAACAAAUGGCUGUACAUAUUUUUCUUUCUUCAGAGUACUCUGUAUAAUAAAUGCAGUUUAUAAGAGUGUUAA